UGUAGCUAUUACUUCAACAAUCUGCAAAUCAUCUGCUGUAUUUUCAGACUACACAAGGGACGAUCUAGGGUAAGAUGAGGGAACGCAGAAACUUCAGCUGGAGCUCUCCGCAAGCUGAAGGCUCCGUGCACUGUCUUGAGUCGUCAACACCGUCACAGGAAAAUCACCGGAACCACAGUGAUAACAACGCUAUGUCGACGUCUAAAGGAGAAUAUGGAACUUUGGCGGCACUAUGCGCCGUCUGUGGAGAAGAAGCCAAUGGGAAUUUCUUUGGAGCGCUGGUGUGCCUGCCAUGUAAAAGUUUUUUCAUCCGAUGUAACAAGGCAAAUGAGUUGACGUCGGUCCAGAGGCCCUGCGACAACAGAUGCACUGCCACCAGACAAGGGCGGGUCCGCUGUCAGCGGUGUCGAUAUCUCAAGUGUGUGCAAGUCGGAAUGGUCAGGAGAGAGAAGCCGGAGAGCGUACAGCCGGCGGAUGGUGAGAUUCUGUGUCUGGUGUGCGGAGACAUUGCUAAUGGGAUCCACUUCGGCAUCAAGACCUGUGAAGGAUGCAAAAAAUUCUUCCGCCGAGGCCUGCUAGAAAAUAAGACCUACGUUUGCACGAAGCAACAAGCUUGUAUCAUAAACCCGAGAAAUCGUAACAACUGUCGACUCUGCCGCUACCGGAAGUGCGUCUCCUCGGGAAUGUCACGUAGUGCCAUUAAGAUGGGAAGACCCAGAAAGAACCGGAGAAAUGAUACCGCUAUGAAGAAAUCGUCGACAAGACGUCGCCAUUCCACCAAAACACCAAUCCGUAAUGAAAUUCCAGACACAGAAACAAAACAACAGGCGUCAAAUGAUGGCCCCCAUCCUUCAGAGCAAGAUUUUUUAGACGAGUCCAUGGACACUCCUCUGACUCUGAAGGCGCUUUUGAUGAGAACCUCACACUUGCAGACGAAGAAAAGAAACCACCGUGAAAAGACAGCUCUUGGACGUACUGCACCACUGGGUACGCCGGCCACAAAAUCCGCAGUGACCCAGACCAGUGUUGAUUAUACGUCCUGCUUUAAGAGUGUGAGUCUGUCUACUCGUGAAGAUAGUCCCAAAAAGUCACCGUUUGAUGGUUUUGAGACGCAAACUAAUACACAACAAGGAAGAUACGAGGACUUUGCAUCACUGGCAUCAAUCUCGGUGUCCGUGUCAGCAAUGCAGUCUUCACAACUGUCACUGACAACGUCAGUGUCGCAAGUACAAUCGUCACUGCUACCGGUGAUAAAGAUACAUACGCCACCAUCACCCUUAUCGCCAUCCUUGUCACCUGAAUUAGAGUCGCCAUCCUGCUCAUCUUCAUUGUCACUUGGCUCAUCUUCACUGUCAACUGGGUCAUUAUCACCGAGGUCACUGUCACCCGGAUCAUCGUCACUAUCAUAUGGGUCAAGAUCACUGUCACCAAGGUCGAUGUCACCCGGGUCAAGGUCACUGCCGUCCGGGCCACGGUCAAUGUCACCUGGGUCACUGUCAUUCGGAUCAUUGUCACUGUCAUCUGGGUCAUCUCCACUGUCAACUGGGUCAAGGUCAGUUUCACCCGGGUCAACACCCGGGUCAUUCAUGCUGUCUUCUUCAUCAACAUCGGUGUCAUCGUUAUCGCCGUUGCAGUCAUCCGGACCACCGUCACCCUUACCAGUCUCACUGUCACACGGGUCAGAUCCAGACACCCCCGAGGCAUCCCUCACGUCCACAGAAAUAGAACACAUGCUGAUGCUUCUCACCAGUGAUGACGUCAACGAAAAUGGCGACAUGCAUGAACUGCAGUCGGUGGAUUCGAAUGUCACAACAGUUGGCGAUUACGCCAUGGAAACCAGUUUUGCAGGCUAUGUUGACAUGGCAACCAGGGUCAAGACGCGUGGUCCAGCUUCAGUUAGUAGGAAUUCAAAUAUGAAUCUACUUCAAAUGGCGUUAAACGUUAGUUACGGGGAAAGGGAGAAUGUUGAUCCCCUAGAAUCGAAGGAAUACAUUGACCAGAAUAACAACACAAAUGCUCAAAACCUUGGUGAAGUUGCCAAUGUCAAUAAAGUUACAGUCGGGAAGGUGGAUAGUUUGUCAAAUCAAAUGAUGUAUUCAUACCAAGACAGUCGCGGUGAUGAGAUGAACAAAUCGAACGUCAUGCACGUGGAUGGGUCUGUACUGGUAAAAAUCGAAAAUGAUUCAACUACUUUCCCCAACCAUGUGACGUUUUCAGAAAAAGGGCCGUACUUUGAUAUAUGUAAUAGUCACGCGUCUUCGUAUGCCAAACCGGACGUUAAAACAAGACCCUUGAAAGACGAAACCAACACGUGUUGUAAUAUAACCAAUACAUGCACUUUUGAUUACAUAAUUUCUACUAUUGAAAAUUUUGAAACCUGCACAGUUGCUUCAAGCGAGGAUACAUACAUACCAAACUGUUACCCAGUGAAGCAUGUUGCCCCAGACAAUCGAAGAGAAGAGAAAAACGGGAACUUAUUCCACAAUCAGAGACAGUAUCAGACAAAUCAUGGCCAACACGGUGUCCCCAUGCCUCAGAUACACACUAACAAGGAAUACGUGAGCACCAUCGUCCAAAAUCUGGACCUAAUUCGCGAUGCGGGUGAAACCUACACCAUGGACAUAUCGUAGAUACAGUCACGGGUGUUCGGGUCCUGGUUGGAGUUUAUGAGUGUUCAUUUAGUACCAGUGACUCGAUGGAACGAGCCAUACCCUGUGUUGUCGUAUAUAUUGUCAACACAGGGUAUGACUUGUUCCAUGGAGUGGUAUUAACUAAUUAUCCACAAACUCCAACCAGGACCCUAACACCCAUUGAUGCAAUAGGUAGAAUGUCAAUGACAGCAUGGUCACUAAACGUAUGCCAUUGAUAUCAGUUGUAUCAAAAUGUGGUUGAAUUUCAUUAUCAGGACAGAACGGUAGAUCAAUGCAACAGAACAACGUGCACGGCAAAUAUGAACAUGAUUCCAAAACAUGCACCGCCAGUAGUAACAGACGCAAGAUUGGAUUCAGGAGAAGUUUGGGAGGUGCAAAUAAACCCCCUUUUGGCGA